UAUCUGUAUGUGUAUAGAGGAUGUGUUUUAUUUCGGCACGGCGAUAGUGGAAACCCAAAGGCACUAAAAACAAUCACCAUGGAGUGAGAACGAGCGGGGAGACACAACCACAUAGCUAGGCGUUAUUAAGUGCAAAGCUCCUAGCCCUGUAGGUAACGUCCAGAUGUCGUUGAGUCGCUAAAAAGUCUUUGAGCUACCAAAGGUCUUACACCAACAUGCCGCUCAACAGGGCCUGGUGGGAAAAGCGCAAGUACAUGAUACUUGAGCUGGUGAUUAUGGCGGGGACAGUCAUGCUGGCAUAUUACUUCGAGUACACCGACACGUUCAACGUGCACGUCCAAGGAUUUUUCUGCUAUGACAGUGCCUACACGAAGCCUUACCUUGGACCCGAGGAGACGAGCGCUAUUCCGCCGGUGAUCCUCUACGCGGUGGUGGCAGGUGUCCCGACUCUUGUGAUAACGAUCACAGAGACAGCGCUGUUCCUGAUGCAGUACACGUCCAAGGAGCUGGACAGCCGGGAGAAGAGCCUGGUGACGGGGGACUGCUGUUACCUCAACCCCCUGGUCCGUAGGACGUUCCGCUUCCUGGGUGUGUAUGCAUUCGGCCUGUUCACCACGGACAUCUUUGUGAAUGCGGGCCAGGUGGUGACGGGUAACUUGGCUCCGCACUUCCUGACGGUGUGCAAGCCCAACUUCACCGCGCUGGGCUGCCAGCAGGCACUGCGCUACAUCAGCCACCAGGAGGCCUGCACCGGCAACGUGGACGACAUCCUCCGGGCACGCAAAACCUUCCCCUCCAAAGAGGCAGCGCUCAGCGUCUACGCCGCCCUUUACCUCGCCAUGUACAUCACGUGCACAGUGAAAGCCAAAGGCACGCGGCUGGCCAAGCCGGUCAUGUCUCUGGGCCUGAUGUGUCUGGCCUUCCUGACGGGCCUUAACCGGGUGGCAGAGUACCGUAACCACUGGUCUGACGUCAUCGCUGGGUUCAUCAUCGGCGUGGCCAUCGCCACCUUCCUGGUGGUGUGUGUGGUGCACAACUUCCAGGGCAAGCUGCUGCUGAGUGGCUCCGACUCGUCCCAGGAUGGCACAGAGGGCCCUCCCAUGAUGGGAGCCCAGCGCGUGGAGAGCCCCCUGGAGAAGUACAUCGCCUCCCAGAAUCACAUCGCCUUCGCUGAAGUCACAUGACCUUGAUUCGGCCAUCUGGCAGACCCAUUGGACCUCCACGCUCUUCACCGUCCAAUCCGCAUAAGUCUCUCUCCGGUGCCGCCGCC